AUGCUCUCCGACUCGACACUGAGGCCAAGCAAGGGCACACACAGCUUGCAUGUAUAUUCACAUCGACACAACACGCAUAUCACAUUCACGCACACGCCGAAUGAAAGCAAAACCUUGCUCACAUUGAGCACAGGCAACAUUGGAUUCAAAAAGGGCGGACGAGGAUCAUAUGAUGCUGCUUAUCAACUGGCUGCCUACGCUUUCAAAUACAUCCAAGAGAAGGGCAUGCUUGCGGACGUUGAGGAGAUCACGGUCCUGCUCAGAGGAUAUGGCUCUGGUCGAGAUGCCGUGUCCAAGGCUAUCCUGGGCUCGGAAGGACGGUUUUUGCGCAAUUUCAUCAAGACAGUUGUGGAUACAACAAGAUUGAAGCAGGGUGGCACGAGAGGUAAAAAACCGAGACGACUUGGAUAG